AUGCGCAGCUGUGACCUAUAUUUGUCCCGGGACAUCGUAGAGUUGGUACAACAACCAUUCCCAUACCGUGGGAAAUCAUUCUUCACAAUAACUCCGCCUCCACCUCAUCCCUGGGAUAGCUGGGAUUUUGGAUACAAAGGAGGGUACCGGGUGGCUGGUUGCAUUCGCGUUUAUGUUGCUGGCGUGCUUAAACAGAAACAAUUUGGCCAAAACUGUGAAGUUACCACUCCAUUAUCGGUUGUGCUUGCAAAAUUAUCUCAUUGUCUCACAACGGAAUGUACAACAACACGUCGGUAUGUUUGGCCUUUGAAUCCUGUGUUAACGAUGAGAAUUGCUAAUUGA